AGUCGGGAGGAAUGAACGUUUCUCAGUCUCCGGUGAAACGUGAACGGAGAAGUGAUGCUAAUGCUCCAGAAGCCCUGCAUUUCUUCCUCUUGUCCUCCUCCUCUUCUUCUUCCUUCUUCUUCUACUCUCCUGUUCUCCGUCUUCACGCUUACAAGACCUCACGGGGACUGACGGAACCCGCACGAACCCUCGCAUCCAGGGGAGGAAUUACACACAGACGCGAACCCGACCUCCAUUGGCAAACAUCAGCGGCAGCGAGCCCCAGUUGUGGCAGGUGGGCAUGGUUUUGGAGGGUAGCUCAGAGGCGCUGUGUCCCCCCCCAUCUCUGGAGCUGCGCCCAUCCUGCAACAAGAGCCAGUCCUCACCUCCUCUGAGCACAAGCUCACAACCCCAUGACGGAGUCUUCCCUGAGGACAAGGAGCCUGUCAAGUAUGGUGAACUCAUCGUCUUAGGACACAAUGGGUCACUGGCCAAUGGAGACAAGGGUCGCAGAAGAAGUCGUCUGGCCCUUUACAAGAGACCCAAAGCCAAUGGGGUCAAACCUGAUGUUAUCCACAAUGUCUCAACACCUCUGGUGUCAAAGGCACUCAGCAACAAAAGCCAACACAGCAUCUCCUACACACUGUCACGGAGCCAUUCUGUCAUUGUGGAGUACACCCAUGACACCAACACUGACAUGUUUCAGAUUGGCCGGUCCACGGAGAGCAUGAUCGAUUUUGUGGUGACAGACGCGGCAAGCAGUGGCAGCAGUCAGGGUGGGGGUGUGGCGGGGGAGGGUGGUGGUGGAGGACAGUCAGCUCAGAGCACCAUCUCUCGUUACGCCUGUCGCAUUAUGUGUGAACGCAGCGCUCCCUACACGGCCCGGAUCUAUGCCGCAGGUUUCGACUCCUCCAAGAACAUCUUCCUGGGGGAGCGGGCUGCCAAAUGGAGGACAUCAGAUGGCUUGAUGGAUGGCCUGACCACCAAUGGGGUGCUGGUGAUGCACCCAGCAGGGGAGUUUGUGUCUGAGCCGGCUCCGGGUGUCUGGAGGGAAAUCUCUGUUUGUGGCAACGUCUUUGCCCUGAGGGAGACCCGCUCAGCUCAGCAGAGAGGAAAACUGGUUGAAAAUGAGUCCAAUACCCUACAGGACGGUUCUUUGAUUGAUCUGUGUGGGGCUACCCUGCUGUGGAGGACCCCAGCCGGGCUGCGUCACACCCCCACCCUCAAACAGCUGGAGUCCCUUCGCCAGGAGCUAAAUGCUGCCCGGCCACAGUGUCCUGUGGGCUUCAACACCUUGGCUUUCCCCAGCCUGGCUCAGCGUGAGAUUGUCGACAAGAAGCAGCCCUGGGUCUAUGUCAACUGUGGCCAUGUGCAUGGCUACCACAACUGGGGCUACCGCAAGGAGAAGGGUCCUGCUGGCCCAGGGGGCACAGCACCAGCCAGCACCGGGGAAAGGGAGUGCCCCAUGUGCCGGCGAGUGGGCCCCUAUGUGCCACUGUGGCUGGGCUGUGAGGGAGGAUUGUACCUGGACGCCGGGCCACCCACUCAUGCUUUCUGCCCCUGUGGUCAUGUAUGCUCAGAAAAGACAGUGGUGGGGUGGAGCCAGAUCCCAUUACCCCACGGCACCCAUGCCUUCCAUGCUGCCUGCCCCUUCUGUGGUACCUGGUUGACAGGGGAGCAGGGCCACAUCAAACUCAUCUUCCAGGGCCCCGUCGACUGAAGCCCAACCUGGAAACCACUCAGAGGAAAGUGAUGGUGGACUGGACAGAGGUGGACCUGCGCAAUAAAGACGGUGUGCUGGAGCAAAAACUGGAAUACUUGAGUGUGGGUCCAAAGAGAAAGCACUGAUGACAAGUACAGGGAAUGGAAUGUUGAUAUGAUGAACUGAAAGCAACAUGCAAUAGUAGAUGCCAAGGCUUCACAUGGACUAUGAGGUGUAUGGAGAAGAUGUAAAUAAACUGUGUUGAAAUGAA